AUGAAGCGUCAAAACGUCGACUACCUGCUUCAUGUGGGACCUGACGAGGACGAGGAAAACUGGAGUGGUGCGAAGGCACCCAUGGUCUUGCCGGACGGAGAGGGGAGAAAUGAGGAAGCGAGUGGACAAGGCCAGCCUGGACGGGAAGCCGCAGCGGCGGCAGAAGGGGAAGGAGCCGGAGAAUUAAGUGGAGAAGGCCCCUCUGCUGCUGAUGCUGCAGGCCUCGCGGAUGACGGGAACCAAGAGGGCGCCAGUGGCGGUGCCCGGGAGAAUGAGCAGCUACCUCAGGAGCUGGUUCACGAGGGCAUGGGAGACAACGAGGGUGUGCCGCCCGUGCCAAUGCAGUGGUCCUGUGUUCAUCCCGUGAGAAUGCUGGUUCCUGGAUACCGCCCCCGUCACCACCACAGAUUCACCCUGGUGCAGCUCCAAGAGCUAGAGAGCAUUUUCCAGCGCACUCAAUACAUCAGCGCCGCAGAAGCAGCACGUCUGGCAACAAGCAUGGGUGUGACUGAAGCCAGACUGCAGAGAUGGUUUUUUAAGAGGAGAGAACAAUACAGGAGAUAUAAGAGGCUAUAA